CAACAGGAGUAUGAAGCCCUACUUCACGGGUGUGAGAUCUCCGAGAGUGAAACUCUGUUGCCUUGGGAUAUCGCUGCACGCUUUCGGGGAGAUACUAUAAAGUGGGAAACGGUCUCGCAGUCCCCGCAACAUGGCCUCGGCUGCUAAUGCGCCCUCCGAGCAGGAAAACCGAGACCCCGAUCGGCCGAGGAUAACGCGGAGGAACAGGGGGAACUAUACCCGCAACGCACCGCUGGAUUUGGAGUAUUUGCAGCGGCCGAGUUACUGCGACGCGGGCUUUGCUUUGGAGCAAAUAACCCAGGGGAAGGCAACUGGGAGGAAAGCACCUCUAUGGCUGAGAGCGAAGUUCCAGAGACUGUUAUUCAGGCUGGGCUGUUACAUACAAAAGAACUGCGGAAAGUUUUUGGUCGUGGGCCUCAUGAUUUUCGGAGCGUUCGCCGUGGGCUUAAGGGCAGCUAAUCUGGAGACGGACGUGGAGAAACUCUGGGUGGAAGUUGGCGGGCGCGUGAACCAGGAACUGACGUACACGCGGCAGAAUAUAGGUGAGGAGGCCAUGUUUAACCCUCAGCUGAUGAUCCAGACGCCGCGGGAGGACGGAGCCAAUGUUUUAACGGUAGAUGCGCUCCUGCAGCACCUGGAGUCAGCUAUCCGAGCCAGCAGAGUUCAUGUUUACCUUUACAACAGACAAUGGAAAUUAGAAAACCUAUGCUACAAAUCAGGAGAACUAGUCACAGAAACUCACUACAUGGAUCAGAUCAUAGAAAAGCUUCAUCCCUGCCUCAUCAUCACCCCCUUGGACUGUUUCUGGGAGGGAGCCAAGCUCCAGUCUGGAAUGGUCUAUCUCCCAGGUAAAGACCCUUUGCAAUGGACCAACUUUGACCCAAAGGAGUUCCUCGAGGAUUUGCGAAGGGCAAAUUUUCCCGUGGAAAGCUUUGAGGACAUGUUGGAAAAGGCAGGUGUUGGACACGGCUACAUGGAUAGACCCUGUCUGAACCCUGCUGACCCCGACUGCCCCCUCACUGCGCCCAAUAAGAACUCAACAAAGCCAUUCGACGUGGCGCGGGCCCUGAGCGGCGGCUGCCAUGGUCUGUCCAGGAAGUAUAUGCACUGGCAGGAGGAACUGAUCGUGGGAGGGACCACCAAGAACGGCAGCGGUCCCCUGCUCAGUGCCCAGGCCUUACAGACCAUGUUCCAGCUGAUGACUCCCAAGCAGAUGUUUGAGCACUUUCGGGGCUACGAGGAGGUUUCCCACAUCAACUGGAAUGAAGAAAAGGCUGCAGCUAUACUAGAAGCCUGGCAGAGGAGAUACUCUGAGGCGGUGCUGCAGAGUGUGGCAGCAAACUCGUCUCAGAAGGUCUUGUCUUUCACCAGCACCACUCUGGAAGAUAUUCUCAAGUCCUUCUCCGACGUCAGUGUCAUCCGUGUGGCCAGUGGGUACCUGCUGAUGCUGGCCUAUGCGUGUCUGACCAUGCUACGGUGGGACUGUGCCAAGUCUCAGGGGGCUGUAGGGCUGGCGGGUGUCCUGCUGGUGACACUGUCUGUGGCAGCUGGCCUGGGCCUCUGCUCUCUCCUGGGCAUCUCCUUCAAUGCUGCCACCACACAGGUGCUCCCCUUCUUGGCUCUGGGUGUUGGUGUGGAUGAUGUCUUCCUCCUCGCUCAUGCCUUCAGUGAGACUGGACAGAACAAGAGGAUCCCAUUCGAGGACCGUACGGGGGAGUGUCUGAAGCGGACCGGGGCCAGCGUGGCUCUCACCUCCAUCAGUAAUGUCACCGCGUUCUUCAUGGCAGCCCUCAUCCCCAUCCCGGCGCUCAGAGCCUUUUCUCUACAGGCUGCAGUGGUGGUGGUGUUCAACUUUGCCAUGGUGCUGCUCAUCUUCCCCGCCAUCCUCAGCAUGGACCUCUACCGACGCGAAGACAGGCGGUUCGACAUUUUCUGCUGCUUCUACAGCCCAAGUGCCAAUCGUGUGAUCCAGAUCGAGCCCCAUGCGUACCUGGAUGGGGCGGACGGGAGUCCCUACAGCCCUCCCCCCUUCUAUUGUACCCCUCCUCCCUCAUACCGCACGCCUCCCCCGAGCUACAGCAGCCCCCCUCCCUCCUACAGCAGCCAUGGCUUUGCCCAGCAGACACAAAUCACCAUGCAGUCCACGGUGCAGCUCAGGACGGAGUACGACCCCCGGACUCAGGUCUUCUACACCACGGCUGAGCCCAGAUCCCAGAUCUCUGUGCAGCCCAUGAACCCAGCUCCGACGAGGAGCAACCCCAGCAACGACUAUUACAGCGGCAACGACUAUUACAGCGGCAACGCCAGCGGCAGUGGCAGCAAUCACGGCAAUAACAACAACAACAACAACAACAACAGCGGCAGCAGUGGGAGCCGAGGUAACGGGGGAUCUCGAGGUUCUGCCACCUUUUCCCAUCAUCACCCUGCACCACCUCCUCCUCCUCCUCCGCCUCCUGCCGCUGCCCCGACUUUAAGUGCCAGCUCAGCUCCUCAGGGUGAUCCGGCCUCACCGACUGGCCAGGGCCCAGAGAACAACAGCUCCACACGGGACCUGCUGUCCCAGUACGGAGAGGGCUCGUUGGGCCUGCGCUGCCUCGAGCCUCGCUGUUCCCGCUGGACCCUGUCCUCUUUUGCGGAGAGGCACUACGCUCCGUUCCUUCUGCAGCCCACCACCAAGGUGGUGGUGAUUGUGCUGUUCCUCUGCCUGCUGGUCGUCAGUCUCUAUGGGACCACCCAGGUGAGGGAUGGCCUGGAGUUGACGGACAUCGUACCCAGAGAGACCAGCGAGUACGACUUCAUCGGUGCCCAGUUCAAGUUCUUCUCCUUCUACAACAUGUACGUGGUGACGCAGCGGGCCGAUUACGCCCAGAAACAGCCUCUGCUGCACCAGCUCCACCAGAGGUUCCACACGAUUCGCUACGUGCUGAAGGAGGACAACGGGCAGCUGCCCCGUAUGUGGCUUCACUACUUCAGGGAAUGGCUGCAAGGUCUCCAGCAGGCGUUUGACAAGGACUGGGAGGCCGGCCGCAUCUCUUACAACAGCUACAGGAAUGGCUCGGAUGACGGCGUUCUGGCAUACAAGCUGUUGGUGCAGACAGGACGCAGGGAGAAGCCCAUCAACUUCAACCUGCUGACUCGUCAGAGGCUUGUGGAUGCGGAUGGGAUCAUCAACCCUGGGGCGUUCUACAUCUACCUGACCGCCUGGGUCAGCAAUGAUCCUGUGGCGUACGCCGCCUCGCAGGCCAACAUUCGCCCACACCCUCCUGAGUGGCUCCACGACCGUACCGACUCCAUGCCCGAGACGCGCCUCAGCAUCCCGGCUGCUGAGCCCAUCGAAUACGCACAGUUCCCCUUCUACCUCAACGGGCUCCGGGAGACGCCGCAGUUUGUGGAGGCCAUCGAGAGCGUGCGGGCUAUCUGCAGCAACUACAGCCGACAAAGCCUCCCCUCCUACCCCAACGGCUACCCUUUCCUGUUCUGGGAACAGUAUGUUAGUCUGCGCCACUGGCUCCUGCUGUCCAUCAGUGUCGUGCUCGCCUGUACCUUUCUGGUCUGUGCCCUGUUCCUGCUCAACCCGUGGACCGCCGGCAUCAUAGUGUUGGUGCUUUCUCUCAUGACCGUGGAGCUGUUUGGCUUCAUGGGGCUGAUGGGAAUCAAGCUGAGUGCUGUCCCCGUGGUCAUUCUCAUCGCCUCUGUGGGCAUUGGAGUGGAGUUCACCGUCCAUGUGGCCCUGGCGUUCCUGACGGCCAUAGGGGAUCGUCACAGGCGGGCGGUGCUGGCAUUGGAGCACAUGUUCGCUCCGGUGCUCGAUGGAGCCUUCUCCACCUUACUCGGUGUCCUAAUGCUCGCUGGCUCUGAGUUUGACUUUAUUGUCAGGUAUUUCUUUGCCGUGUUGGCCAUCCUAACAGUACUUGGAGUACUGAAUGGACUGGUCCUUCUUCCAGUAUUACUGUCAUACUUUGGGCCCUAUCCAGAGGUGUCUCCAAUCGAUGGUCGUAGCCGGUUACCCACUCCGUCCCCAGAGGCCCCUCCUCACGUGGUCCACUUCUCAGUCCGUCCUCACCACACCACCGCGGCCACCACCACCUCUGGUGCAGCGUCGGACUCGUCGGACUCCGAGUACAGCUCGAACACCACAGCGUCCGGCAUCAGCCAGGAGAUGCAGAACUACAACCUGCCCUCACACAGAGGACAGACUCGAGCAGAGGAGCAGCAGUACCACCUCCAGACCAGCAGGGGCAGAGCGGCCAGGACAGAGGAGGAAAGGAGAGCAGGGUCGAGGCAUAGGCGCUCAGCCAGACAGCCUGACACUCCUACCUAUACAAUGUCUUCAUCCUCUCAGGGUUGUGAUUCCAGGUCCCAGCCCGGGACCACUCACCGUAACAGCAGCAGGGACCCCAAGAGCCAGCUGCACUGGCAGACCCCGCCACCAGCCCGCCCGCGCAUGGACGCUUUUGAAACUGCUACUGAGGCUGGGGCCCAUUAUGGCUCACACGGCCAUAGAGAACACUCAGCAGGCCACAGAGCCCGCUCUUCCUACAACCCUCAGCCUAAUCACCACCUCCCACACCACCACCCCAACCCCACCCCGUAUUGCCAACCCAUCACCACGGUAACGGCGUCGGCCUCCGUCACUGUCGCCGUCCACCCGGCCCCCUUAUCUAACCAGGGGCCCCCCGCUCCCUCUUACCCAGGAUACACUGCAACAGACAGUUACUGCCCUUCAGGGGCAGCGGGGCCGGAGCCUGCCUUCCAGGACCCACAUGUGCCCUUGGACACCCACACAGGGGCCAGAGGGGUCAACGUGGAGGCCAUGGAGCUUCAAGACUUGGAGUUUGAGGCAGCUGACAGCAACAGUUGCAGACGGGCAAGCUGA